GGGCUCGGCGGCGCGGGCCGGUGACGCGCGCGGGGCGCCGCGGUUCCGGUGGCGCGGUGCGGGGCCGGGGCCGCCAUGGGCGCCGCCCGCGAUGCGGAGCAGCAGCAGCCGGGGCCGGGCGAGGCGGGCGCGGACGGCGCCGAGGAGCAGCAGAGCCCCUGGAACAUCAUGAUCAAGCACCGGCAGGUGCAGCGGCGCGGGCGGCGCUCGCAGAUGACCACCAGCUUCACGGACCCGGCCGUGUCCAUGGACCUGCUGCGCGCCGUCCUGCAGCCCAGCAUCAACGAGGACAUCCGCGGCGUCUUCAACAAGUACAUGAAGUUCUUCCAGAAGGCAGCAAUCAAUGUGCGUGAUAACAUCGGGGAGGAGGUGGACCCAGAGCAGCUCAUCCAGGAGACAUGUCGGAGCUGCCUGGAGCAGGCCAAACUGCUGUUCUCAGAUGGGAAAAAGGUUGUUCCCAGGCUGCCCCAUGAGCAGGCAGUGCCAAAGCGAGCCCGACAGAUGGAUGAGGAGCUGAACCGCCGAGGAAGCCCCAUUCCCAAGAAGAGAAAGGGGCGGCCUCCAGGACAGAGCCUGUUGAACGAUCGCGGGGUCUCUGGCGUGGCUGCGUGGAAGCUCAAAGUCUCUGAGCCUGUGAGAAGGGAUGGACCAAAGGGCUCUCGGGAUGGGAGGAACAAGAGGGCGACUCUACAUCAAGCAUCCCCACCUCUUUAAGUAUGCAGCCGACCCGCAGGAUAAGCACUGGCUGGCAGAGCAGCAGCACAUGAGGGCCACGGGGGGCAAGAUGGCCUACCUCCUCCUCGAAGAGGACAUCCGGGAUUUGGCUGCCAGCGAUGAUUACAGGGAUUCGGUGGACCUGCGGCUGGAGGAGCUGAAGCCCUUCGUGCCGCCGGCCUGGAUGACCGAGAAGAUGCAGAAGCACAUGGAGACGCUGCGCCGCGGGGGGGACGCGCCGCCCCCCGAGGGCCCCCCCGAGCCCUGAGCCCCGGCCCCUGCAUCCCAAUAAAAGCCGCUUCGCACUCGCC